AUGGGAGUUCUCCAGUACUUCUACAAGGCCGAGGAUGACAUCCAAGGCUCCAAGGUACGCGCGAUCUGCGUCGGCCUUUUCGUCGCUUUCGGCGGUGUCCUGUUCGGAUACGACACCGGUACCAUCUCCGGUGUGCUAGCCAUGAAUUACGUGAAAGAGACGUUUACGUCAACAGGCAAAUUUACCGCCGGGCAAACAUCACUUACUACGUCGAUCCUGUCUGCAGGCACGUUCUGCGGCGCGCUCGCCGCGCCGCUCGCUUCGGACGUACUCGGCCGUAAGCUCGGGCUGCUGAUCUCGGCGGCUAUUUUCACAGUGGGUGUCGUGCUGCAGGUCGCAGCAACGUCACUGGGUCUCUUGAUCGCCGGCAGAGUCAUCGCAGGUGUCGGUGUCGGUGUGUUGUCCGCCAUUGUUCCACUUUACCAAUCGGAGGCGGCCCCCAAAUGGAUCAGGGGUGCCGUGGUCUCGUGCUACCAAUGGGCGAUCACGAUCGGGCUUUUGCUAGCGUCGUGCGUCAACCAAGGCACACACGCCCGUACCGACUCUGGCUCGUACCGUAUCCCAAUUGCCAUUCAACUAUUGUGGGCUAUCAUCCUUAUUGUCGGAAUGCUUAUAUUGCCAGAAAGUCCCAGAUUUUACGUCAUGCGCGGCAAAGUGCCACAAGCGGCUAAUUCGCUCUCCAAACUCAGAGGCCUACCCAAGACGCAUCCAGUGAUUGAGAACGAAUUGCAAGAAAUCGUGGCCAACUAUGAGUUCGAGAAGGCGCUCGGAUCGACUACCAUCUGGGACUGUUUCAGGCGCGGUAACCAUCAAUUGAAGCGGAUCAUGAUCGGGAUCGUGAUCCAAGCUUUGCAACAGCUCACGGGUAUCAACUUCAUCUUCUACUAUGGUGUACAAUUCUUCCAAAACUCUGGCAUCAAAAACCCAUUCAUUAUCCAGCUUGUGAUGAACAUCGUUAACGUGAUCAUGACCAUUCCGGGCAUCGCGCUCAUUGAAAUCGCAGGCAGAAGAAACCUUUUGUUCUGGGGUGCGGUCGUCAUGUCUCUCAGCGAAUUUAUCGUUGCCAUUGUGGGCACCGCGCUUCCCGACAGUCAGGCUGCGAGCAAGUGUUUGAUUGCUUUUUCGUGUACGUUUAUCGCGGGUUUCGCGGCUACAUGGGGUCCUUUGGCCUGGGUCGUUGUCGGUGAAAUCUACCCACUAAGAGUGAGAGGUAAGUCUGUUGCCAUUUGUGCUGCUUCCAACUGGCUCUUCAACUUCGCCAUUGCCUACGCGACUCCCUACUUGGUCGAUGACGGUCCAAAAGAUGCUGAUUUGAAAGCUAAAGUCUUCUUCAUCUGGGGUGGUUGCACUUUCUUGUGCAUGAUCUUCGUUUACUUCUGCGUCUACGAAACUAAAGGUCUUACUUUGGAGCAAAUUGAUGAGUUGUUCGAGACCGUGCCCAGCGCACGUAAGUCUAAGGGCUUUGUUCCUGCGGACAACUACAUCCGUGAAUCUCCUGAACUCGACAAAGCCGUUGUCGAAGCUGUUGAAAAAGUUUAG